UUCGUUAACCAGUGACUCAGUUGACCAGAGACGACGGACAUUGGCGGCUGGCUGAGUAACAAAGUAACAGUGAGUACCUGACAUAUUCAUCAUGGGCGACAUUGGAAGGUCUACGUCAGAGUUGCUGGAGAGGAACAAGGAGCCUUCACACCUCACCCAGUACAUUGCUGCCAUCUCAGUCACUCUGGGAGCACUCAGUUUCGGCACCAAUUUGGGCUACACCUCCGACGCCAGCCCUCAACUUAUGGACAAUUCCACCAACUCUUCCCUAGUUAUCACUAUGGAACAAAACAACUGGUUCUCCUCCACCUUUAACUUGGGAGCUCUUAUAGGAGGGCUCCUGGGUGGGAUGUGUGUCAAUACCCUGGGAAGGAGAGGCACGAUGCUUGCUUCUGUGUUGCCCUUCUUGGGUUCCUGGAUGAUUAUAGCCUUCGCCCAGAACUUCGCCAUGUUGGUGUGUGGACGAGUUCUUGCCGGUCUGUGUGCUGGGGUAACCUGUAUCGCUGUGCCCACGUAUAUAGGGGAGUUUGCCUCGCCAGACAUCAGAGGAACAUUAGGUACGGGCUUCCAGUUGAUGGUUGUGGUUGGGCUGGAGUACGCCUAUGUGUUCGGAGCUGUCAUGACCACCUGGAGGGGCAUGGCUCUGGUCUGUGCCAUCCCUCCCGUCAUAUAUCUCUUCUUGGUCUUCUUCACCAAGGAAUCCCCUACUUAUCUUCUCUCCAAAGGGAAAGAUAAAGAAGCAAAAGAAGCGCUACAGUACUUCAGAGGAAAACAUUACGACGUGGAACCAGAGAUGCAACUGAUGAGGAAGACGCAAGAGGAGGCUCGACAGAACACAGUCUCCCUGAGCGACCUUAAAAAACCUUACAUCCUGAAGCCUCUCCUCAUCUCCUGCACCCUUAUGGUCUUUCAGCAGCUGUCGGGUGUUAAUGCUGUUCUCUUUAACUUGUCUUUAAUAUUUGAGGAGGCUGGGUCGGGUCUGCCAGAUGAUGUGAGUUCCAUCAUCGUGGGUCUGGUGCAGGUGGUGGUCACAGCCAUCUCCGGGAUACUCAUGGACAAGGCUGGCAGGAAAGUCCUUCUCAUCAUCUCUGCGGCUGCCAUGAUAGUCUCACUAGUGGCUCUUGAUGUGUAUUUCUACGAGAAGUUUCUGAAUGAGGAGAGAGCGGUGGAGACCUUAAGCUGGCUGCCACUGACUUGCCUCAUCAUUUUCAUAACCGCUUUCUCUAUAGGCUUUGGCCCCAUCCCUUGGCUUAUGAUGGGUGAACUCUUCUCGCUGAACGUGCGUGGUCCAGCAAGCAGUCUAGCCACCAUGGUCAACUGGACGAUGGCAUUCCUUGUCACGCUCCUCUUCCAGCCAUUACAGGAAGCAAUUGGACCUUAUGGCAUCUAUUGGCUUUUCGCUGGGUUCUGCGCUAUCAGCCUCUUAUUCUGUAUCCUGGUGGUGCCGGAGACGAAGGGCAAGACACUACAGGAGAUAACCAGACACUUCGGAGGUCCAGUCACCACGGAGGACGCGACGAAAAAACAGGAAGAACUUAGUCGAUUUUAAAAGCUCUUAUGGCCUAUCGUCACCACACCUCAGGCAUUUGACAAGAAGCUGUGUCAAAAUGAGAGGUGUUUCCCCAGGUUCUUGGGGAAGCACAUUUUCAGUAUUAUGUGAUACUCCUGUGCUAUUGGAUAUUUUGUGCUACUCACUUCCUGUAAAACUUGGCUCCAUCCAUUAUCACCCAUUUUCAUUUACAGUACAGUACCCACUCCAAAUGGCAGCGUAAAAGUCAAAACUGAAUUUUUAAGUUACCCAAAAUCUUGUAGCUGCAAUCAAAAAAUAUAUGUCUAACCCAGGGAAACAAUUAUCUUAUCGAAAUGUAUUGAAGCUAAUGUAAUCACAAUUGUAAUCUAAUAAAGAAAAAAAUAUCACA